AGCACCACACAUGGUGUGCCAACUCUUGAGUCUUGCCUAUUUUAUUUUCAAUUUUUUUAAUGGGUGAAAUAAACCAAGUAUAUCGCCAAGAAAUUCAAAUUUGCAGUAACUUGGUUCCGGCAAGCGGCGCUCCACCUUCCCAGUUCCGGCGCAUCUCCGCUCCGUUCCUGCAACCAAACGCCGUAAGUCGUGUCUGCAUUUUCACAGAGACUGAGAUUUAGGAUUAUACAUCGAUGUGAGAAAUGGAUUGUUUGGCGAACUCGGAGAAGACCGAUCAUGCGGGAGGAGAACACAAGAUAGCAGGAGCUGCAAAAACUGUUUUCGGCAAUGCAAUAAAGAGAAGGGCUGCAGAUAUUAGUAAAUUGCCACAACAUAUAAGGCCAUCUAAAGAAAACCUGAAGGUUAAAGAUAUCCCUACGGAGAUGAAAGAGAUUAUUGAAAAGCUUGAGCGGGAAAAUAAGGCUUUGAUGAAUGCACUAUUGGAAAGAGUUAAACUUAUUGAUAUGACUGGAAAUGAGAUACAGAGACUGAGGGCUAAUCUGCAGAGAAUGCAGCAACAGAACCAUCAACUUGCACAAUCAAACACACAGAAGCUUGCAGAACUUAAUUCAUAUCGAGACAAGUUAAGAGCAUUAGAACACGAGCUUGGAUGCAAAAAUGGAUUGCUUAUAGCCAUGAAAUUAGAAGCUGAGGUUGGUCAGCAUAAUAAGCAGAAUCCAGAAUCAGAUAACCUCCAAAAUUUAAUUCCCGAGGGGCAACUUAUUAAAAUGGAGGACACAGUGGAUAACUUUAAGGAAGAUGAAGAUAAAGAAGAAAGCUUGUUUGAAAAUACCAAGAGGAGAAGACAGUCAAAGAGUUCAAAACAAUCUAAACAGGGGCAGUCCCGCGCUAACACCGAAAGAAAAAGGCUUUCGGCAAGAAGGCAAUCUUCUAGGCUUAAGCAUGAAGAGAUCAAAGCCAAAGAAGAUUUGUUUCAGAUGGAUGAUUCUCACUUGUCGGUUCAUCAACCAAGUGAUUGUGAUCCUUCCCAAGAGAAUAUUGAAAGUACCCAAAUCGAAGCGAAGGAAUUGAGGAGACCAUCAAAUGUAACCAGACCCUCCAGACAAGCAGCCAUGAAGGUCAACUCAUACAAAGAAGUCCCAUUAAAUGUUAAAAUGCGAAGAAGUGAAUGAAACGAAUCGCAGAAUUGAAGACUGGCUGGAACACGUGGAGAAGAAAGAAGUUCAAAUGCAGCUCUCAAAGGCCUGGAAGAGGCUCUUAUCCUGUCAUCAAAUUCCAGGUUUUGGAGGAUUAGAAUUAAUUGUAUAUUGUUGGUUUUUUUGGGGUGUUUGCUUGAUGAUCUUAAAGAAGCUACAAAUCCCCCCUAAAAAGAAUAUAUAAUCAAGAGUAAGAGGCCUUUUGUUUGUAAUUGUUGCUAUUUGAAAUGUUAUUAUUGUGAUAUAAAUUACAGUGUAGGGG